GGUAAGGAUGUAGCAGAGGAUCAGGGGCCUCUCUCCACGUUGGCGCGUUCCUGCCGGUCCGACAUCUGCUGCAGCAGCCGCAUAGUGAUUACUCGUUGCACGCAAAGGUGUAUAGACCAUGAAGAUUGUAGAAGCUAGCAAGAGGAGAAAUCAGCUGGGCGAGGGGCCUCAUUGGGAUGCUUCAACCGGAACCCUGAUCUAUGAUGACGCAAACGCUCAUCAAGUGCUACGCUACGACCCCAAAACAGGCGCAGAGACGGAGGUGUUUGAUCUCGGCGACACUGUGGGCAAUGUGAUUCUCUACGCCGGAAAGCCUCGUGAGGCUGUUGUCUGCGUCGGAAUGAACAUUGUACAUCUCGACAUGGAUACCAGCAAGACCUCCCUUUUAGCCACGGUGGCUCCUCACACUACAGAACCGCCGCAUCGGAUCAAUGAUGGUAAAUGUGACAUCAAAGGCAGGCUCUGGACUGGCACGAUGCAAAGAAAUUGGGACCUUAACUCACCUUUGGGCCUCGGCAAUUUCUACAGCUUCUCGCAGGGCUCUCUGAAGGUGCAUUUCGGAAGUGUGACGUUGUCUAAUGGAAUCGCCUGGACGGCUGACAACAGGACAAUGUUUUAUAACGACAGUGUACCCGGUUUCACCUACGCCUUUGACUUCGAUGCUGAAGAAGGGACACUCAGCAACCGUCGAGUCGUUGUAGACUUCAAGAAGACAGCGGGGUACGAAAGCUGUGGACUUCCAGACGGUAUGACGAUCGAUGUCAACGAUAAACUCUGGCUUGUGGGUUUCAGUGGCUCCUGUGUGGUGCAGAUCGAUCCCGAGACAAGCAAGAUCCUGAGGAAGAUAGACCUUCCAGCGAAGUGCACGACGUCGUGCUGCUUCGGCGGAGCCACCUACGAGGACCUCUACGUCACAUCCGCCAACCUUCCCGGGUACUCGUCCUGCCCGGAAGACGGCGCCCUCUUUAGGAUCACCGAAUUGGGCGUGAAGGGAAAAGCUCCGUACGAGUUCGCCGGAUGAAGCCACAUCGGAGAUGGGUGUCGUUUAACGAAGGCUCCGACCAUUUUAUCGUUGUUCCACUUCGGAUUCCACAGUGUUUGUUUACUUACAUUCUCUAAGUUACUUUAUUCCGUAUUAUAAAUAAACCUAUGUUCAAAGACACG